CACUCCAUCUGGAGCUGGAAAAGAAGGAGGCAGUUUAUUAAUAGAUAACGCCGAAUCUGAUUCUCCGGCGCAUUUCAAACGAACCGGACGCUUCCGCUUCGCCAGAUUGUGUACUGUGACCCCUUUCAACCCGGCGUUGCGUUGAAUCGAUGACGUGGAGAUGAAUAAACAAGUUAUAUUCGGCCUGCUCCUCGCUUGCAUUUUGGUAUGCAUUUCAGGACAGGAUGAGGAGGAUUACCAGGAGUCGCCAACGGUACUGAUUGCCCUGCUGGUGCGCAAUAAAGCGCACAUACUGCCCAUGUUCCUCAGUUAUCUGGAGCAGCAGGACUAUCCCAAGGAAAGAAUAUCAAUUUGGUUGCGCUGUGAUCACAGCAACGAUGACAGCAUAGAGCUAUUGCGGCAGUGGCUGGACAACUCGGGGGAUCUCUAUCACAGCGUAAGCUACGAAUUUAAGCCGGAGGAGCAGAGUUUUGUCAACGAGACUUCGCCGUACGAGUGGCCCGCAUCGCGUUUCAAGCACCUGAUCGCCCUGAAAGAGGAGGCCUUUCAGUAUGGUCGCGAUAUUUGGGCUGACUACGUGUUUUUCCUGGAUGCCGAUGUCUUGCUAACUUCAAAAGAUUCGCUGAAAGUCCUCACCCGUCUCCAAUUACCAAUUGUGGCUCCCAUGCUGAUCUCGGAGAGCUUGUACUCGAAUUUCUGGUGCGGCAUGACGGAGGACUACUACUACAGGCGCACGGAUGAGUACAAGGAAAUCUACCAUGUGAAAAAGCAAGGCAGCUUCCCAGUGCCAAUGGUCCACACAGCCGUUUUGGUGAACAUGAACCACCGAGCGGUUAGGAAUCUCACCUUCGAUAGGAACAAGCUGGUGGAAAUGCAGAAAUCCCGCCAGCAAGAGCCACUGUACGAUGGACCAGCCGAUGACAUCAUUGUGUUCGCCAUAUCGGCCAACAGUUCGGGGAUUCCCUUGCACAUCUGCAACGACAUAACCUUUGGUUAUAUACUGCAGCCAUUGGAACCAGGCGAUACCUUGGACCACGACGUACAACAGCUGGUGAACCUCAAGAGCAUUAUGGUCAAUGAACUGGGUGCAGUGCCACCACUGCUCGAAUACUACAAGCAUUUGGAGAAGAAACCGGACAAGAGCAAGCUCUCCUUGGACCGCAUAUUUAUGAUUAAUCUGAAAAGACGACCCGAGCGGCGGGAGAAAAUGGAACGGCUGUUCGACGAGAUCGGACUGGAGGCGGAGCACUUCCCGGCCGUGGAUGGCAAGGAACUGAGCACGGAGAGGCUGCUGGAGAUGGGCGUACGAUUUCUGCCCGGCUACGAGGACCCAUACCAUCAUCGGGCGAUGACAAUGGGCGAGAUUGGCUGCUUUCUGAGCCACUACAGCAUCUGGGUGUUGAUGGUGCGCAAGCAACUGAAGGAGGUGCUCAUUCUGGAGGACGAUAUACGCUUCGAGCCGUAUUUCCGACAGAACGCAGUCAGAAUACUCAACCAGGCCAGGAAUGCCGCGCAGUACGACCUCAUUUACUUUGGUCGCAAGCGUUUGAAGGAUGAAAGCGAGCCGGCGGUGGAGAACGCGGAUAAUCUGGUGCACGCCGGCUACUCCUACUGGACACUGGGCUACGUUAUAUCCCUGCAGGGUGCACUGAAGCUGCUGGCCGCCAAGCCGCUGGACAAGCUCAUACCGGUCGAUGAGUUUCUGCCCCUGAUGUUCGAUCGUCAUCCGAACAAAACGUGGUCGGAAGCCUUUCGCAAGCGGAAUCUCGUUGCCUUCAGCGCCUCGCCGCUUCUGCUGUAUCCCAUUUACUAUACUGGCGAAUCGGGUUACAUAUCCGACACCGAGGACUCGCAACAAAUCAGCGUGGAGACGAGCGAGGAGGGCGAGGCCAGGCUGAAGAGCGAUCGCGAGCAGGUUUUCGAUCAUGAGCAGGAAUUCAAGCUCCAUCCGGAACUGAAGCUCGGCGAGAGCUUGUCCAAGAGCCACCAGGAGCUGUAGAUUUCUGCAGCUACCGAACAAAAACCAUGCCAAAUUUUUGACUAGACUAAGUUAGUACUAGCUUAACAACUGCCAAACGUGCCUUUAACCCGAAUCCACCAAAAAUAUGAAACAACGAUUGCUAGUUUAAGUUAUAGUUUUGAUUGGCCGACCUAAUGUUUUGUGCAAUUCUUCUGAACUUUUAAACUCGCCAAAAAUGUUCCUAAAUGACAAAAGUUUGUUAUCUAAAAGAUAACACAAGUAGUAGUAAUGUAUGUACGAUGUUUUGACUUUGUAACUUAAAUUUAAACAACCAGUUUUGGUCCUAGAAGCAAUAUAUCCUUUGGAAUAUACGUACGCAUCUCUAAACUGUAGAUCAGUGGAACAGUUGCACAAGUUAUUGGCCAGAAGCAACAUGCCAUUGUCCUAGCCAUUAAGUAGGUUCCAAACAUUAUAUAAACUCUGACUUUAUUCCGCUCACAA